GGAGGCAACCAGAGGGAGGAAGGAAACGGGGAUAACGUCACGAAGACACGGAGUAAAACGGGCUGAGCAGCGGUUAAUGGACGAUCCUUGAUGCGGGCCAGAGGAAGGAAAAACUGCGGCCAGUUCCUUAGAUUUUUUUUUCACUUACAUUAAACAAAAAAUGUUUUUCCUCACCUUCCUAACGUGAAAAGGUGCGACGCCGUCGGGAGAAGGGGGCAAAAAGCAGCAGCAGCAGAUUUGAUCCUUUUUUAUGUCUACAUUUUUUUCCCUGGAGCUCCACCAAAGCGGAGAAAUGGAAAUGUGUGGAGCCCUCCUCCGUUUGCCUGUUCACUGAUCGUGACACGGAACUUUUAAAGGAGGAUCGGCCCUGAACGGCAUCUUUAAUGCGUGAAAAAGACACGUAUUUCAACCGUCCACGGCAUUUCGGAGACGUCGCUCUGAGUGUUUUUUGAAGCCCAUCGGGAGAAUUAACAGGUUAAAGCUUUGGACAACUUCCAAAAUGAGUGAGCUGGAGCAGCUUCGUCAGGAGGCCGAGCAGCUGAGGAACCAGAUAAGAGAUGCCAGAAAAGCUUGUGGAGAUUCAACGCUCACCCAGAUGGCUGCUGGUUUGGAUCCUGUUGGCCGGAUCCAGAUGCGGACAAGACGCACACUUCGCGGCCACCUGGCCAAGAUUUACGCCAUGCACUGGGGUACAGACUCAAGGCUGCUGGUUAGUGCCUCUCAGGAUGGGAAACUGAUUGUCUGGGAUAGCCACACCACUAACAAGAUACAUGCCAUCCCCCUGCGGUCCUCCUGGGUAAUGACCUGUGCGUACGCCCCCUCUGGGAACUACGUGGCUUGCGGAGGCUUGGACAACAUCUGCUCCAUCUACUGCUUAAAAACACGCGAAGGCAACGUGAGGGUCAGCAGAGAGCUACCUGGCCACACAGGUUACCUUUCAUGUUGCCGUUUCAUUGAUGACAAUCAAAUCAUCACGAGUUCAGGAGACACCACCUGCGCACUGUGGGACAUUGAGACAAGUCAGCAGACCACGGUUUUCUCGGGCCACACCGGUGACGUCAUGAGCCUGUCCCUGUCGCCCGACCUCCGUACCUUCGUCUCAGGAGCCUGCGACGCUUCAGCUAAACUGUGGGACAUCAGAGACAGCAUGUGCAGACAGACCUUCACAGGGCACGAGUCGGACAUUAACGCCAGCUGUUUCUUUCCCAAUGGAAGCGCCUUCGCCACAGGCUCUGACGACGCCACCUGCAGGCUGUUUGACCUGCGUGCUGACCAGGAGCUCAGUAUUUACUGCCACGACAACAUCAUCUGUGGCAUCACCUCCGUGGCUUUCUCGCGCUCCGGCCGCUUGCUGCUGGCUGGUUACGAUGACUUUAACUGCAACAUCUGGGACGCCAUGAAGGGAGACAGAGCAGGAGUCCUGGCUGGCCAUGACAACCGUGUGAGCUGUCUGGGUGUGACGGAUGACGGCAUGGCUGCAUGCACUGGGUCCUGGGACAGCUUCCUUAAGAUCUGGAACUGAGCCACGCACGUCAGCAGGAAACACGAGCACGUCUAGCAUCCCUGCACACAACGAGCUCCUGUAUUGGGACAGUCCCCCCCCCUUCUCACCCCUUCACUGAUUCUGUAUUUAAGAUUUAACAGCCACACUGCAACAUUUUAUUGUACAUAUUAUAAACUUAGGUGCGAGUUUACCCACACACACCCUGACCCACAAUGCUUUGAAUACAAGAAGAAAUAAAAUCUGAACACAUGCCUACAUUGCCCACUGCACACACAAUCUGUUUAUAUCAAAAGUGAGCAAAUACAGCUGAAACGCCAGCUGCCUGAAUUAAAAUGAAACAAAAACAAUCACAGUUAGCUAAAGCCUUUUAAACACAUUUAAUUCACACUUAUUUCUCCUGACUCCUGACACUGGUCCUCCGGAGAAAACGUGGGAGAAGAUCCCACCAAACGAUUCUGCCUUUGUCUAUAACGAAGUUCAAAUCACACUUCAUAUUCUUUUCUGUACUGUUUCCAUGUCAGUAUCAAACAUGUUUAGCUACGCCGGUGUGGAGGAAAAAUCAUAUAAGUGCAUAAACACUUCACUGACAUGCUGUUCGGGUCAUGUGGUCAUGUUUUAUAGAUAUGUACACCCAACAUUCUAGUUUUUAGUUGUUUCGCUCCUCUUUUAUUUUUAACGUGUUUUAUUCAUGUUCUCCCCGCGUGCCUCAGAUAUACAGAAAAUUAGAUUAUCAGGUAAUUCCAAAUGAUCUUGGAUAACAGAGGGAUAAAUUACAGCAAACAGAAACACAUAAAGUGGCAGAAGCCAGUAUUCAAACUUUUGACUUUGUCAUUAUUUGGAAAUUAUGGAAUAAUUGUACAUAAUACUAAUAAACAACCUCUCCUGAAA